AUGUAUUUCUUCUUCUUACGAAGUUUACACGUCAUGUUCUUUAAGUUUUCUCAAGAAAAUGUAGUGAAAAGUGCAAAAAGUGGCUCAAAUUAAAUAGAAAUUCCCAAAUAUUUUGUAGUUCAACGACCAAACUUGAUAAUUUCAUAUGAAUAUCAGGAAUUAAGGGUGCUAAUUCAUUCUAAAUAGAAGAAUCUAUUGGAACAAACAAUCUUCAUUCCAAUUUCAUAUUGCGAAAGAAAUGAUGAAAGAUCAUCCAGCAUAUGCCACUGCAACCUUCUACACUGAUACACCACCUUCAACGAAAUCCGAACCAUCGGAAGACGAGGAACGGAAGACAAAUACGGAUGAGGAUGGUAGUCAAAAGUAUGAGUCUCUAUUUGCUAGCUUUUCAAAUCAACUGCGAAUUCUCGAUGAGGAGUUGUGUAUUGAGAAGAAUUAUCGGAAUGUGCAACUGACGGAAAUAAUUACUGCUCUCUUAGCAGUAGAAGCAAAAUUGAGGCGCGAACAAAAGUACAUACGGCAGCAAUUGUAUGAGAAAGAUGAACAAAUUAGUUACCAUCUUAGUGAAAUUGAGAACUACAAAAUUGCCAAGAGACUCUGUUCCAAAUGCUCACGCUCCUUAGCCGCGGGUGGAGGAGAGCAUGGUGUACGCGAUGCUGUGGUUCAAACGGAGAAGCAGCAGGAGGAUUUUAAAAUUGAAAAUAUCAAUCAUCGAGUAACCAUAACAACGAUCAAUAAUGAAAAAGAGUUAAUGAAUAGUCAAACAACGAAUUGCAUCUACGUGAGUGGAGAUAGGGAUGUUGAUAGUAUGCAGAGAAUUACAACGAGUAUACAGCCAGAGAAACCAAAACCACCUAUUGCAAAAAUCCGUACGGUGAAGCCGUUGGCAAAUUGCGAAGAAGUGCCUGCCAGCGUGAAUCAGCCACAAGUAAAUGAAGAUUGGUAUUCCAGUAGUGAUAUUGAAGAUAACGAAUGUUUAUCAACGAAUUUAUACGAUCGCAGUGUGAAUCCUGUCUUGGAAUGUGUUAAUCAGAUAUUGUUGCAACAAUCAAUUGAGGGUAACUUGGAGUCAACAAGGACUUAUGAUGAAGUUAAACGACGACGGGUACAGUUUUCAACACAAAAUUCCCUAGUAUCCGUUCCCAGUAAUGAUCCACCGAUAAAUGGAUGCGAAUAUUCCAAUGGUCACAAGGAGGGGCAACAGCCCGCAACAGAGAAUGAAUAUGAAUUUAUUGGAUCGGAAAUUGAAAAAGAAUCAAGUUUGUACGUUGAUAUGGAUAGAAAAUCUUUCCAAAUGUCCCCACAGAGUGGUGCAAAAAAUGUUGAACCUUCAAAGACACCACCAGCACUACCGCCAAAGCCGGCUAAUCUCAUGAAAUUCCGCAAAGUAAUAAAACCCGACAAGUUGCUCAUUAAAGUGAGUACGCCCGUGAAACAGCUGGCUGUUGAACCAGACUAUUGCUCAAUUGCCAGUGUAUCCGAGAAGAGUAAGUCGGAUUGCGAUGACUUUGAAGGUAUUCCGAAACUUCCCAAUGUUGCCGCAAUACUCAUACCCAAACGCACUGAUGCUGGAACAAUGGGGAGGUUUAUCAAUAAAGAUAACUACGUGACAAAGACAGUGAUGAACAUUCAGAGUAAUUCACCAGCAGCAACAACACCAGCGAAAGAACCAAACAACAAUGUUAACAAUAAGAAUUUAAAUCAUCAAGUUAAUCAGAGUGUUGUGGAAAUUCCCUUCACGGGAAAAAUCUUUGAAGAACGCAUUCCAAUACAAGCUGAAUUUGAUUGGUACAAUCUAGAUGCUGAAUAUGGAAAAUUCAAUCAAGCGGACGUCAUCAAAGAGACCUCGGAUUCGAGUGAAACGGAAACAGCCGUGUCCAUUGUACAAAGUACCCCGGUCACUGAUCGAUACUACGUGAAAAAUUCUAUCAUCAGGUCCCCAAGUAAACAAUCAAUUGUUAGCAGUAGUGCCUUAAUUCCCAAGAAAACGGGAAGUGAAGUGCACUUGUGCUGCCUAAAAUUUACCCAAAUGGAACCACAAGAUCUCGCAACAGCGAAAUUGGUCGUAAAUGAACUGCGUUCUAAAUGCCGUUUACAGGCUGAACAAAUUUUGUCAUGGAAAAAGGCGUACACAUACGAGGUGGAAAUAAACUGCAGAAAUAGAAAAGCACGCAACGAUCAAAUCAAUAUAUUAACGAGUCAAUUAAUUUUACUGGAGUCACGCCUAAUAAAAAAGCAGAGACAAAUAUCGAAUCUACUUUAUCAGCAGGAGCAGACAAUUAAUCGUCAGCAAAAGUUCAUAGAUUCAUUAUGUUCUCAACUGAGCGAGCAUGGUCUGGACAUUCCCGAUGCAUGCUACAUGAAUUUAGACUCCCUUAAUGAUUCUGAUUCGGCUGUUGUACUUGAUGACAUUGAUUCAGAUUGCAAUAGUUCAAUUAUCCUGAAACGCAAACCAUAUCCUUCCGAUGUGACGGUUGUACGAUCAAUAUCUGAUGCCAUUGAAACAAAUCUAAAAUAUUCAUCUGGUCGCCGAAGCAAUUGCUAUUUGAGAAGACCUGAUAUUUUAGAGACUGUAUAUAGUGUUGAGGAGGAUUCUGAACCCAAUCAACAUCAGACAUCACCGGGUGGGACUGAUGUAUCGGAGAAACGAGAUAAAUUCAAGAGUCGCUCAGAGAAGGUUGUUGGUGCAGAUGAUGAGAAUAAUUCUGAAUCAAUUUAUGUAGCAGAAUUAACUGGUACCGAUAAUUACAAUAACAACUGUAGCACUUAUAUUGGUAUAUCGACGACAAAGUCAUCACCUGUAAUCAAUUAUAAUAGAGUUAUGUUGAAUCAUAGAUCAAUUACACGUCCUAAAGAUGUCAAAUACAAACGAAUUAACAAGGCAAAAUCUAAAAGUUUAGAGGAAUUGCGGGAUAAAUUGAAACAUUGGAUUGAUCGCGGAACAAGCGGUGAGCAUGUUCAUUGUUCCUUUGAUAAUGGCUCUCAAAGUUAUGCCUGACCCAUGGAACCUCGUCGCGAUUUACAUCGUAGACGAAUAUAUAGUAUCUAAUACAUUUAAAGCAUAAACUUUUAUGUAUAUAAAUUGUAUUGAUGAUGACAUCAGAGAAAAGGGUAAAAACAUUGCAAGUUUACUCUUAUAAAAUACCUACAUAAUGCAUAAUAUAUUAAUAACAAAGGCAAAAAAUUUACCCUCUCCAUGCACGCAAAUUACACAUAAUUUUUACAUUAAGAAUGACAAUUUAUGAUAUUGAUAGAGUAAUUGCAUUCCAAAGCAGUUCAAAUAUUUUUAAGAGUCUUUCAUUUUAUCACGAUUAGUUUUAUUUUUAAAGAAAUAAUAAUAUAUUAAAAUAUUAUAUUUAUCUGCUACAAAUUAUGGUUGUUUAAAUUUUAUUUAAUAUUCAAAUUAAAUUAUAGAGACUGUAAUACCAUAUUGACCAUGAAAAAAAUUCUUAAACAAUGUAAUAUAAUAAAGACACUAAAAAGAGUCAAUUCAAGAAAAUAAAGAAAAGAAAAACAAUGAAAAAUCUAUGAGCAAAGGUGUGUGAAAAUUUAUAAUGAAAAUUUCGUAAGAUGAAUUUAAACAUAUGUGGGUAUGAUGACGAAUGGGGGAUUAAAGAGAGGGUCAUGUUUGUUGAAUAUUUGGAAGGUUUUACCACAAAAUACAUACAUACCUAUAACUACUUAUGUGAAAAGUAAAUUCUGUGAAAAUUUUAUUUUGUAAACAUUUUAUACGAAAAGCUCAUUUUUUCUCAUUUUACAUCUAAAACAAACUUGAUUUUAAUAAUAAAAAAUUUCCUUUGUUGUCAACCUAUAAAAAAAGUAAAAUUAAACUUUACCAGCAUAGUAAAAAGUCAAUUUAAAAAAAAGUUUGAAUCAUGAUCUAAUCUUGGCAGCUCUUCCAUAAAAUGUACAAAGCUCAUGACAUGAAAGCUUCCAUAAUCCUGCGAAAAGUUAUAUUCUGCAGCUCCAUAAUAUUAUCUACCAUACAUAAUAUACAAUGUAGGUGUCUAACAUACAUACAUACAUAAAUUCAAUUUGAGAUAAAUUUUGACAAUCAUGACUUUUUGACAAUCAGAAAUGGAUUGCAUUUUAUUUAGUAAUAUUAAUCAAUUUUAUUGAAAUAAAAUAAAAUAUAGAUUAAGCAGGUUUCAGCAUUCUUCUGGCAUUUAAUGAGCCAGCUUUUUGGCAUAAAAAUUAAAAUUUAAAAUUCACUAUUGGCCUGAUAUUUUAGGGAUGAUUUGUGCUAAAUGAGAAUUUUAUAUCCUUCCUUUUGACCAUGUUUGUGAUAUUGCAAUAUUGUGUUUCAUUUUAUCAUAUUUCCUAAAACAAGUAUAGUUUCGCCUAAUGUGGGGUACUUGUCUAAUUUAUGGUACCUGAAAGUAAAAAAAAAAGGACACUCUGAAAUUAUAAGUGGAGCUCCACCAAAGUGUUCACGGAUGGAAAACGCAAAAAUGUGUGUAAAAUUGAUAUAAAAAGAUUGCCCAUAUUAGGCGAAUUUAGCGGAACUUCUUUUAUUGAGUGUAGCAAAAAAUGAAAUUAAUCGAUUUGGCAAUUUUUGCAUAUACAGUUUCCUACUGAAAUUAUGCUGCCUUAUUCAAACUGUUGUUGUAAGCUUAAGAGAAAAAAAGCUACCUAUGUAUUUAUUGCAUAUAUAAAAAUAAUUUGAGAAAUAUGUAUUAAAUAAAAUUAUAGGUAAUUAUAUAACCCAAGUUUGUAUUAGGUAGCUCUAAAAUUUAAAAUGGCUUCGUCCAUAAUAUAAUAUUUGUAGAAAGCAUAGGGUUAAUUUACUUAUACCCAGAGGUACUUUUUUCUUGGACUGAUUGAAGACUUAACCCCUUAAUCUUCUUAUAAUUGUUCCCAUGUUAAUUAACCUUGUAAAAUGUAACACGCUUUUUAGCAUCUAAUUUUAUAAGAAUUGAGCCCAUUAAAUAAACUAAUCAAUAUUUAUUGUUUAAGACUCAUUUCUUAACAAGUCCUUGAUUUUAUUCUUUCAUUAUUACUUCCCACACGGAAAAUGUUCAAUGAAAAUAUCUAAAAAAAAAAUGGCAUUAGGAGUUUAUUAAAUUUCAUAAAAAAAUAUCAUCCCUCAAAUCUUUUCAUUUUUUUCUAAUGAGCAAUUGAUAAUAUUUGCUGAACUUUAAAAUCAAAUAAAAAAAAACAAAAAGUACCUAUGAUAUUGCUCAAUAACUUAUUGCUUGAUAUAAUACAAAAUUUCGUGAUAUUUUUAAAAAUAAAAUUAAUAAAAUAUAUAAAUAUGUAGUUCAAUAAAGCACAUACAAAUAAGCAUAUCCUAAUAUUGCAAAAUUAUAAUUAUUUUUAGUUAAACUUGAUUAAAUGUUUACUAAAUAAAGUCUGAUUAUUGUGA